AUUGUGCAUUCUCCCGUAUUCAUAUCUAGAGGCCCAGUAAAUGUUGGAGAGUUGGUGAUGGCAUCCUCCAAGAAACUUGUAUUGACCAAUGACAGUAAAAAGAAUGAAGUUCUUCUAAAAGACCGUGUCAAGGAGUUAGAAGAGGAAAUAGUGGGUUUGAAGAAAAGGUUGGAGGAUCUAAGGAAAGCUAAAAAUACCACAGUCCUUAAACGUGAGAGGGAAAUCCUGGAAGUGGGCACUCCGUUUGGAAAAAGGGACAGUAAACCUACAAUUACCGCCCCUCCCCCUCCACCAGUGGCCGCCAGCAAAGUUCCCGCAGAAUUUCAGAAGAAGUUAGAUGAUCUGAAGGCUCAGCUUGCAGCCGCGGAAAAAAAUCAUGACACCCAGAUAAAAGAAGCGGAGGCCAAACUCUCAAAUGUACAGGGAACCAGUUCUAAGGAAAUGGACGAUUUACGCAAACAAUUUGCUAAAGAUAUGGAGGCUGUCAAAAAAGCAAUGGAACAGGAAUUGGAGUGUGGUCAUCAACCAAUCAUUGAAGCCUUACAACAUCAGCUACUGGAACUCCAGGCAGACAACACAGCUUUGUUGAUGGAGAAUAGUGAUCUCAAAGAUAGAGUUAACUCCCUUGUUACGGAGCUCAGCAUCAAAGAGGCCUCGUGGUGUGAGGCGGAGGAAAAACUCAAAAUCGAGUUAAACAAACAGUGGGGCGAAAAGUACAAAGAGUGGAUGGAGAAGACAGAGAACAAAAUCCGCGAACUUCAGGAGGCCAACACCAUGUUGAGGACUUACUUCAACAGCCAGAAACCAAAAGGACCAGACCCCACAGGCCAGGACAAGUGAGGGACUGGGUCAGGGGUCAUUGCCAUGUCGACCUCCUAGUCAGCUAAUCAUGAUUUAGUUUUAAUUAACAAUAUUACUCUGCAGUUAGUGGUGCUAGAUGGUCUAUAGGAUCCAAUCUUCAUGUAUUGUGUACUUAACAUUGUGAUGGAGAAACUGUUCACCUAAAUCUUUAAAUUACAAUGUAUCAUCUAUUACAUUAUGCUUUUAAAGGUUUUCUGCUUGACAGAAAAAUGCAGCAAACAUAUCUGAAGAUUUUUGAGAAAGAAAGUUAACACCAGGGUAUUCUGUGUAUCUCAACACUCUUCAUUACAGCCCUUACAGAGAAAAUAUAUAGAUAUUAAGUAUCUUUUUAGUUCUGAGCUGUCAGAAUAGAUAAGUUGUGGUAAUCUCUGAAGAUCUUAUUGUUUAUGGUUCAUCUUCAUCUUAGACACACAGAUUUGUAAUUGUGAUAAUAUCAGAUUU